AACCAGCUGAAGAGACUCCACCUCCACGCCCUCGGGAACACCAUCAAGGGCCUGUCGCUCCUGGAUAUGAGCGGCAACCCCUUCCGCUGUGACUGCGAGAUGGUGUGGCUCCGGGAGUACCUGGGAGAACCGCCCGAGCCAGGACGCGCCCAGAGAACCUCGAUCUUGGGUGACUCCCUCAAGGGCGUUCCCGUCUGCGCCUCCCCGACGAGUACAGGGGCGUCCCCAUCACGCAGGUCCCCGUGACAGCGUUCCUGUGCGGAGGGCGCCGAUCUCCUGACGAAGUGGACGACAUCUGUGUGCCGCGCUUCCUGGACCCCCUGCUCUUCACGGGGGGUAGUCCGGGAAGCCUCGACCCGGGGACCAUCAACACCCUCCUCCACCUCACCAACCUCUCCGACGCCAUCCCCAGGCGGACACGGGGCCCUCCUACCUCGACUACAGCAACCCCAUCCACGUCCCCAGCGCCCCGGGCCUCGUGGCUCUCUCCUCCGUCAUCGAGGAGACGACGUCCCCCUCGUCAGCCACGUCGACUGAUGCGUCCGCUCCGACAGCCCCCACCACGGCCGCGGUUUCUGCUGCCGAAGGGGGCGUGGCGACCGUGGCUCCUACGGUCUCGCAGGCCGUGCGCAGCAACCAGAGCGAACAGCUGUUGGCCUCAUCCAACAUCCACACAGUGACGGGUGACACGCCCACCAUCUACGCCGGCUCAGCUGGUCACACCGACGGCGACAAGCAGCAGCAGCAGCAGCAGCAGCAAUCCGGUCUCUUCAGCGGGAUCAAGCUGCCCACCUUGCCCAACCUGAUCGAGUCCAUCAGCAACCUCAACCUGCCUCAACUCGGCCUCAACGUCAACUGGGGAAACAUCCCCAUCAUCGGACGCCAGGACACGGGCCUCGUGGGCAAGUCGGGGACCCUGGGCGCGGGCAAGCCGAUGAAGGGCCCGGACACCAGCGAUCCCAUCUGGGUCGAUGGGCCCUCCAGCCCCCAUCCUCUGUUCCCGAACCCUCCCUCGCCCCUGCCGCCCAAGGAUCUGCCUCCUCCCUUACUCCCCGAGAAGAAUCCUUCGCGAGGCCCGCACCCUGUGUCUGGCCCCGGGGCGUCCUUCGUCUUCCCGACGAGUCCAGGAGAGCGUCUGCGUCCCGGCGUUCCUGGCGUGGUCGUUCCCGUCACUCGACCCUCGAACAUCUGGGCUACAAGACCACAGCCUGGACCUCAGCCCGGACGCCAGCCCGGACGCCAGCCCGGACGCCCCAAGCCGGGGAGCGCCCAAGGCCCCGGCUCAAGCCAGCAGAAAAGGCCGCAUCCGGUGGGCUUCGGGCUUGGCGGCCCUAUCCUUCCGUCCGUCACGUACGUGGGCCCUGGACCGAAUUCAGGGACACCUUUCCUGCCGGGACUUUCCAUCAAGCAGCAGGGUCGUCCUCUCCCUGUGAGGCCCGGCGCCCAGAACCAGGGACGCGAUCCUGUCCCCUUGACCCCACCCCCUGUCUCCUCGGGGUCUUCCCCACCCGCGCAGGGCUCAGGGACCACGUGGGGAGGGAACCUCUGGUCUCAGCCUGAGGUCAUAAAUCCCGAUUCUGGGGUUUCCCUCUACCAGCCCAGGGAGCCCUUCCAGCCCUACCAGCCCCACGACCCCAAUCACCCCAUCACGGUCGUCGACGCACCCAACAUGUCGUCUGGCAAGGGGGAAUCCUCUGGCAUGCCCACGUCGCCCCUCAUGCCCAUGGGUCCUCCAGUCGCCACGUCGCCAUCACCACCAGACAUGUCGCCUUCCGAGACACAGAUGGUGGCAGACGGAGGAUAUCGCGGUCCAGACGCUGAGGACACAAUGUCUGGAGGGCCGCAGGCAGGCUUUCCCCCGGAAGGAAACGUAAAUGUGGACUCCAGACUGCCCGACAGCUUCCCACCGUUCUCAGAUAGUUCCGGAAGAGGGAAAGGCAGUCAGUCAGACAGCCACGAGGGCUUCCAAAUACCGGUCAGUCAACAGGAUCAGCAAAUACCAGUGAGUAAUGAGGGCCAGCCAAUACCAAUCAGCAGCCAUGGCCAACAUACGCCAGAGAUUCACGAGGGCCAGCAAAUCCCUGUCCAUCACGAGGGACAGCCAACACCAGGCAACCACCAAGGCCAGCAAAAGCCAACCAGUCAUCCUGACCAACAAGUCCUUUUCAGUCAUCAGGGACAACAAGAGCCAACUAGUCACCAUGGGCAACAAAACCCAGACAGUCACCAAGGUCAACAAACAUUAUAUAAUAAAGAUCAGCAUAUACCACCUCAACAAAGUCCAGAAAAUCGCAACGAACAGGACAAAAUACCAGAAGAAAAGCCGAACAUCCCUGCGCCUCCCACGCAGACAACAGAGACUCAGCCAAGACCCGCGAGACCGACCGACAUCUUACCAAGCUCUCAGGGACCAGUUCCUCCUAAGGAAUCCCUGGACGACCUCAUCAACCUCCUGUACGCCGCUGAGGCCGAGGUCCAACACCAGAUGCAGGGCACGCAAGCCACUACGCCCUCCAUCCACACGCCAGAUGAAGCGCUACCGGUCAACCCGUCCAGUUCAGUUUCAUCCGACUCCGCAGCCAGCGCAAGUGUGCCUGAGGUCGGGGUCUCCUUCAGGCCAGAGAUAACACGCGGUCCUCCAGACACGGUCUCCUCCACAACCCUGAGAUCUACAACUUCGACCACGAGCAGAAGCACAUCCACAUCCACGACGACUCGCACCACAACAACAAGGACAACCAGCACGACGCCUGCGACAACCACUCCAGCACGAGAGUCCAGCAACAGACAGGACAUCCCACCAGACAUGGUUCCUCCUCAGCUAGGCAAGGGAGUGACGGUCCUCCAGGAACGGCCACCCGAUUUCCACAAGGAAUCUGCCGAGCCCGACCAGGUCCCUCCGGCUCGACAUCCCGAGGACCAUCCACAGCCCGGGCGAUUCCCACCCGACGGAGAGAGGGAACCAGGCCACCGCCCUCCGGAAUCCGAAACCACGAACCUCCCCCCGUCGGUAACCAACCCUCCCUUCACCGACAGCAUUCCGACGGGCUCCCAGACGGCCUCGAGAUACAGGCCGGGCGUCGUCCUCCCCGUCGACAAGUCAGGUGAGCCGCUACCCGGUGUCCGAGCCCGCGUGCCGCCCAACAACACCCAGAUCAGCCCCAGCAGGAGCAUCGGGCGCGGAGGCGUCCCGACGAUCGAGCGCGUAGAGCAGCCGAGCCACCGACAACACAGCGACAAAACGGCCGUCGUCCAGGGCGUCGACCUGCCGGAGGAGAGCGUCAGCGGCGUGCCUGAGGGGGAGCACCGGCCGCCCAUACCGGACACGGAAUUCGAGACGAGCGAAGUGAACGCAAUUGACUGGUAUUACAGCAAUUACUUCAGGGAAUAUGACCCUUAUGCUAACCUUCCCGUAGGAGGAAAUGAGCCUCCCAGUGGUGCAUCGACAGCGAGUGUUAUGUAUAGCACAUUAAUCCUCUGUGUGAUUACACUAUUUUAUAACCAAGGUCAUUUAUUGUGAAAUGACAUGCUAACUAAUUAGGAAAAUUGUUACGUUAUGUCUUUUCUAUUGUUGAUAAUUUAUAUUCAAAUUAAUAUAUAUUUUUGUUACAACAAAUGCAUAGCAUUAUUUUGCGCUUCUCAUGUGUCUAACAAUGAUUACGUAAGUAAAAUAAAUCCAGUGUAACAAAACGAAAACGCUACAAAUUGUAGUUCAGUAUUAUUACACUGAAUUUUGAAGAAAAAAAAAUCUCGUAUUUUAAGAUUCACAAAAUUUACAUGAUUUAUUACCAGAAAUUUUAAUGAAUUAUGAAUUGUGAAUUCUGAUUGCACAUUUACUCGUAGAAUAUUACCAAAAGCCAUAUUAUCUUUUCCAAAAUAAGUAGAGUCUUGGCACUUAUAGUUUUACAACAAGAACAUGCUAUACAACAUCUGUAAGAAAAAAAAAAUACUUGUGAACAAUAUCACAUUUAAAACGUGUUUAUAUGUAUUUAGAUGUUAGGUCAUGUAAGUUACAACCCUAUCUUUUCCUACUUGUGUAUUAUAAACCACUGAAAUA